AUGGCAAGUACCGCGGUUCGCAUUUCUCCCUUCCUCUCUCCUCCAUCGAUCGUCCUCCUCUUUCUCACCUUCCUCGCCUCUUUUUCCUCCUCCUCCUCUCCCCCCACCGAAAUCUCCUAUGCCGAGCACUGCAACUCUAUCGUCCCCGAGUCCAUCCCCACCCGCCUCCUUGUCGACUCCAACUCCUUCCAGAUCUCCCACGGCUACUUCUCCGGCGGUGGCCACCUCCUCGAGCCAGAUUCCAGCUCCGGCCGCUCUAGACCAAAGUCCAUCCAAUUCCGACGUGAUCACCUUCACCAGACCCAAAUCCCCGGCAUCAUCCAGGUCCGUGGGACCCUGAUCCUCCGCGGUGGAAAUACUCAUAUCCAGGCGAACUAUACGGAUUCGAUAGACGGCUCUCUUGUCCAUUAUAACUACACUGUGAGGAAAGAAGCCAGCUUUGACCUCUCUGGCUUCUGGUCCAAAUCUUCCGGCAAGCUUUGCAUGGUGGGACGCGGCUUUCCCCAACACGCUGCAGGAGGUAGCUCUCUUGAUCUUUCUGCUGUUCUUAAGCUUAAUUAUCCUGAGAAAUCCGAUAUCAAAUCUAGCUGGGUCAAUGGUACUGUCGAGAGCUUGGAUGCAACCAAUAGCCCAAAUCACUUCAGUUCCAUCCAGGUUUUAGCCUAUGCCCAGAAGAAAUAUGGGUACACGAUGAUCUCCCAAGCGAAUGAAUCGUGCUCCCAUCAUAAAUUUGAGGAAGAAUUGGUAGAAUUUGAUUCUAAUUCCUACUGUCAUAGACUCUGGAGAUUAGAAAGUCAGUCCUUUAGAUUGGACUAUGGCAGUGAUUGCUCUAGUCCGAAUUGUGGCCCUUUCGGUACGAGUCAUGACUUUUUCAUGUCUUUGAAUCUAAUCCAGUGUACAGAGGAUGGAAGGUUUCAUUUUUAUAUAGGUUUCUCCAACAGCAGUGAGCAUCCAUACAAUAGAUUGUUUGUGCCUGAGAAGUCCUUGGUUGGUGAGGGGUUCUGGCAUCCAAGUGGGAACCGGCUCUGCGUCAUGGCUUGUCGCAUACUUAACAUUCAAGGGGAUUAUCUGGCAACCGCGUCGGUUGAUGAUUGCACGAUUGGGUUUCGCUUAUGGUUUCCUGAAGUGUUGUCAAUCAAGAGUACCAGCAGCGUCGUCGGUCAUAUGUGGAGCAACAAGAAUGAGAAUGAUACCAGCUAUUUUAGCAAAGUUUCAUUCUUUAGUUUCGGCGACAAUUUUGGGUUGUCUCCUGGUUCAAAGUAUAGGUACACCAAAUUGGAUACCGUGAGGAACUUGUGUGUAGUGAAUGAUGUUGCAAAGUUGGAGAAGAGGAAAUAUCCUGGUGGACGGUCCUUCCGCGACAUGAAAUUUGGUUUCUAUACAACAAACUCCAAUGGCAAGAAUGCAUGGGGACAGGCAACACCGAUAUCACUUGGUGAGACGCAUUAUCAGAAUGCUGAUCCAUCGGGAUAUGUAACUCCAAUAUCAGUCGAUGAGACAUACUAUGGAGAUUUUGAUUCCUUCGUAGCAAAACCAGCACGAACAUUGGUAAAGAAGGAGCAGACCCACUGGGAUGUAAGCUACAGGAUGAGCUAUACCUUCAGUGGUUCAACAAUGGAUGAGAAUGUGCAAACUGAGAUCUCAUCAGAGGGGAUAUACAAUGCAAAAACUGGCAUGCUCUGCAUGGUAGGAUGUCAGUAUCCAAGCUAUUCAUUUUCCGAAAAACAAGGAAAAGGUGCGAAUAACUCCAUGGACUGUGAAAUUCUCAUCAAUAUCCAGCUUCCCCCUCUGAAUCCAGAGACUGGAGAGCUUUUUAGUGGCACAAUUAAGAGUACAAGGGAGAAAUCGGACCCUCUUUUCUUUGAUCCUGUAGAGGUUUCCGCAUAUGCUUUUGUCACAACAGGCGAAACGGUCCGGAGGAUGGAUAUAGAAAUCAUUAUGGCUGUGAUCUCCCUCACACUUUCAUGCAUCUUUAUCAGAAUGCAGUUUUACCAUCUCAAGAAGCAUUUUCCUUCUAUAUCCAUCACGAUGCUUGUUGUUCUUACUCUUGGCCACAUGAUCCCUUUGAUGUUGAACUUCAGAGCAAUGUUCUAUAAGAAUCAUGACCCACAGAACAUUCAGUACCGGAGCGGUGGAUGGCUCGAGGCAGAUGAGGUUAUUGUGAGGGCCAUGACAAUGGUUGCUUUCCUGUUGCUCCUCCGUUUACUUCAAGCGGCAUGGUCUUCUAGAUCAGCGGAGGAGGGCAGGAAGGGCCUGUGGGUCGCUGAGAAGAGAGCUCUCAUGUUGUGCUUGGCUUUGUAUCUUGCUGGUGGACUAAUUGCCUGGUUUGUUCACACGAGGCUGUAUGAAAUUAAAUGGUGGAGAUCUGAACAUUCGGUUAGGCUCCAACAUUCUCUGUGGAAGGAUCUGAUAUCAUACUGCGGCUUGAUACUUGAUGGCUUCCUGCUCCCUCAAAUCAUAUUAAAUAUCUUUUGGAACUCCAAAGACAAGGCUCUGAACCCUUUCUUCUAUGUCGGAACCACCAUUCUUCGUGCAGUGCCUCACUUGUAUGAUGCUUAUAGAGCUAACCAUUUUGUUCCCCAUCUCAAAUGGUCAUACUUCUAUGCUAGCCAUGAUCGAGAUUUGUACUCCACUGGGUGGAAUAUCAUCAUUCCUUGCCAGGGAGUGCUCUUUGCAUUUCUUAUAUACUUGCAGCAGCGGUUUGGUGGCGAUUGCAUCCUUCCUAAAAGAUUUAGAAAGUCUGGUGAGUACGAGACAGUCCUGAGUCCGUAG